AGUUGACUGCUGCCACUUUUCUGUUCAGAAUAGCGUUUCGUCUUCCCUAGUAACAGUGACGCUGCAGAAUGCUGACUCCUAAUUGGCUCAGGUGGAGCAUUAUUAAAAGAGCCUCGACAUUUCCUGGUUCAUUUUUCCUGUUUGCGAGUCAAGCGAGUGUUCGUCACUUUUGUCUUUCUCUGCGGGAUUAAAAGUGGCAAACAUCUUUUUGUUUCGUGCUGACAUCAUGAACUUGUUUUUAUUCUUUCUUCUGGUCGUGCAAAUGCACAACGUGACGCCUGUGAUUCACACGCUGCAGUGUUUCCACACUGCAUCCUCUCAAGUUCCAAACUUCCCAGAGUUUGUGAGUGUUGCUUAUGUUGAUGGAGUUCAAAUUUCUCACUAUGACAGCAACAGCAGGAAAGCAGAAGCCAAACAGGACUGGAUGAACAAAAUCACAGCAGAGGAACCAAAAUACUGGCAGAGACAAACAGAGAUCAAUGUUGGUAAUGAGAUUAGGGGCAAAAACAACCUUGAAGUUCUUAAGAAGCGUUUCAACCAAACUGGAGGUGUUCACAUUGUCCAGUGGAUGUCAGGAUGUGAAUGGGAUGAUGAGACUGAUGAAGUUAAAGGUUGGCAUCAGCAUGGUUAUGAUGGAGAAGAUUUCAUGUCGUUGGACAUGAAGACAUGGACAUUUACUGCAGCAAAACAACAAGCUUUCACCUCCAAACUCAAGUUGGACCAGAACAAACAUCUACUAGACUACCAUAAGUAUUACUACACUGAGCUAUGUCCUUCUUACUUGAAGAAGUAUGUGAACAAUGGGAAGGAGGUCCUAACGAGAACAGAGCUUCCAGAGGUGUUCCUCCUCCAGAAGACGCCGUCCUCUCCGGUCAGCUGCAUGGCGACAGGUUUCUACCCCGACCGUGCCGACCUGUUUUGGAGGAAAGACGGCGAGCAGAUCUUCGAGGACGUGGAGCACGGAGAGAUACUCCCCAACCACGACGGAACCUUCCAGAUGUCGGUGGAGCUGAAAGUGGAGGUGACGGCCGACGUGGAGGGCAAGUACGAAUGUGUGUUUCAGCUGUCUGGCGUCGAGGAGGACUUGGUCACCAAGCUGGAGAGAAGAAGCAUCCUGAGCAACGCAAGCCAUGAAGACAACUUGAGCGUCGCCCUCGCUGCCACGGCGGCGGUCGUCGCUGUGGCGGCCGUCCUGGCGGCCAUCAUCAUCGUCAUGGUCAGGCGUCACAGAAACAGACAAGCCCAGUACGAUCCAGCUCCUCGCCACGGCGGCGUGGAGCUCCCCGAGAUCGUGGCGGCUGAAGGCUGAGUUAGCUCACAUGGACUGUCUGCAUCUCCAAAUGUUCAACUUGGAUUCAUGUGCUUCUGUUGGGAAUGUGCGGAGUCAUCUUCUUCCUCCAGGAUGCUUUGUGCACUGGAACACAGAGAGAUGUCUCCAUCGCUGAGGGACGUCAUCACACUCGGAGAUGUGCUUUGUUCUUCAUCCGACUGCUCCUCACGCUAUUCCAUGCAUUCUUCUUUGGCCGUUAAAAUACUUUUAAGAUCAAACGUUGGUGGCUAUAAAAUCAUUCGGGGCUCACGUUUCAUUGCCUUGACAUCAUGACGAGGAUUUAAUCUUUCUUUGAAUCGUUGCCGCUUAUGAUCAAUAUCACAUUGUGUCACAUCUCCGUCAAUAAAUCCGUUUGUUCUCCAUUCGCCUCGCACUGGUUUCAUCAACGGUUACACCACCGCCAUGGGCAAGACCAAAGAGCUGCCCAAGAUUGUAGACCUGCACAAGACUGGAACGGACUACAGCGCUCGGCUAGUGCAAAUGCAGACGUAAUGUCCUGUUCAUUUUCUUAAUACGUGCUUUUAUUUUGGCACCAAUCAAACAGGACGUGGUGUGAAAGAGACGGCCAGUAUAUCACGAUUCCUGCUUUCAAGGAGUGCGGACGCGUCUGUGUUUGCUCCUGCUUGCUUACUGCUGUAUUCGCUUUUUAAUCAUUCUACAAGUCUUGGAUAUCUUUU